AUGCGCAAUGCUGGUUAUGGUGCCCAGGCCCAGGCCAACAUCCACCCGGAUGAUUUUCACAACGAUGCGGAGGCAUCACCGAAGCAGCCCGUCAGCCGCCAAAUCCCCCAGGACUCGUUCAAAAAAGAGCACAUCCUGCAAAGUCUGAAGGAGAGGAGUCUGGGUGGUCUGGUCCGGGAGCUCAUGCUUCAGAUGCUGUGGAGGUCGUCUGCUGUCUUCAGCACCACCCAUGUUGGCGCGGGCCAACUGGUCAAGAAGUUCACCAAGGUUGCCAAUGAGUACAUCCUGGAUGAGGCAGCUGCGGCCACCAUCCCAGAGGCUGCACAGAUCUGGCGCAAUGACCGUCCAUUAAUACUUGGAGGGGACCCCUUCCAGCUGUUGCCUGCUACCCUGUCCGCCGGGACCAAGUACCAAGGUACUGACCAUACCAUCAACCCUCUUGCCCCUCAGCACAAGCUCUCUCUGCUUCGGUUGGCAAUGCUGAACGGUUGGCCCUGCCUUGUCUUGAGGUACCAGCGCCGCAUGGUCCUCGGUUUGUUCGAUCUCUUUGGCGUUGGCUGUGUCCUGGAACACCAUCCGGCUGCCAGGCGCUGUGAAGAUUGGGUCGUGCGGAAGCUUGAUGUACGUGCAAGCCCCAACGGCCGGGUUCUGCCGGUGUUUGUCCAUGUUCGGAACUCUGAGGUGAGGUUUGCGGACAUCUCUCGAUCACGCUCAAACCCCAGGAUGUUGCAAGUCCUGAUUCGAGUCCUCAACCGCCUGAUUCAAGGCGCCCGCCUUGAUCCCAAUCAAAUCGCAAUUAUCACGCCAUACACGGCGCAGGAGAACGCAAUCCUGCAAGCUGUGGGCCACCGACUCAUCUCUGUAUCGGACAACCCCAAGAAGAUGCUACUCACCACCGCAGACCGUUCCCAAGGCAACGAGCGAGAUGUAGUCAUUUUCCUGCUUGUCAACACGCGACAGAGCGAUUCUGGGCUUCUGUGGGAUGAGAACAGGAUGAAUGUCAUCAGCACUAGAGCAAGGGACUUCAUGAUCGUCAUUGGAGACAUUGGAGUCGAUCAGAAAACGCCUUCGGCCAAUGUCAAGUUGGCCAGUGGAAGAGUUUCGGGCGAGAACAAGUUGCCUCAGUGGCUCCGGUUCUUCCAGGACCAUGGGCGCGUGGCCAACAUGUCUGGGUCUCAGAAGACUUUGCUCCAAAGAGGUUUAUGA